AUGAAUCAACCUUUUGCGACUCAAGUUGAAAUACCAAAGGAUUCAUCAUUACUUCGUCAAAAUGCUUUUAUUAAUGGUGAAUGGGUUAAAGCAAAGUCAGGGAACACCUAUUCAGUAUUAGAUCCUGCUACUAGUAAUGAAAUUGGGAAAGUUCCUGAAAUGAACGCGGAAGAUACGAAAGAAGCAAUUAAAGCUGCCAAAGAAUCUUUUGAUAAUUGGGCUAGCCAAACUGCCAAGCAUCGCCAUGACCUACUUCAAAAGUGGUAUUCACUUAUUUUAGAUAACCAACAGGAUCUGGCAAUUAUUCUUACUCUUGAAAAUGGUAAACCACUUAACGAAGCUCUAGGUGAAGUAAAAUACGGUGCAACUUUUAUUGAAUGGUUUGCUGAAGAGGCUAGACGUACCUAUGGAGAUGUUAUACCAUCUCCAAUGAAAAAUUCUAAAUUUAUAGUUCAGAAACAACCGGUUGGUGUUGUAGGAAUCAUAACACCUUGGAAUUUUCCUAAUGCAAUGAUUACACGUAAAUUAGGAGCUGCGUUGGCUGCUGGUUGUACUGUUGUGGUAAAGCCUAGUGAUUGUACACCAUUUUCAGCACUGGCAUUGGCAGAAUUAGCAAUUAGAGCUGGAUUUCCCAAAGGUGUGAUUAAUGUGGUGACAACAGAACAAUGCACCAAAGAAGUUGGAUUAGAAUUGACGACAAACCCCGAUGUGAAGAAAAUUUCCUUUACUGGCUCGACAAUGGUCGGUAAAUUAUUAAUGCAACAAAGCUCUAGUACGCUGAAGAAACUUUCAAUGGAACUUGGUGGUAAUGCUCCAUUCAUAGUGUUUGAUGAUGCAAAUGUAGAAGCAGCUUUUCGUGCUUCUGGUCAAACUUGUAUCUGUCCCAAUCGAGUUUACGUACAAUCGGCCAUAUAUGCUGAAUUUGCAUCACGGCUUGCGGACAGAGUAAGUGGAUUCAAAGUCGGUAAUGGAUUUGAUCCACAAACCACUCAUGGGCCCUUAAUCAAUGAAAAAGCAAUUGAUAAAGUUACGCGUCAUAUAGAAGACGCUAUUGCAAAAGGUGCUGAAAUUCUUGUAGGUGGUGUCCGACGUAGUGGGAAUUUCUUUGACCCAACCGUCUUAACAGGAAUGUCCACUGAUAUGAUCAUUACAAGCGAAGAAACGUUUGGCCCAGUAGCACCAUUGUACAAAUUUGAUAGAGAUGAAGAAGUUAUAAAGUUGGCGAAUAAUAGCAAUGUUGGUUUGGCUGGUUAUUUCUAUAGUAGAGAUGUUGGCAGGUGUUGGCAAGUAGCAGACGCUUUGGAAGUAGGAAUGGUUGGUGUUAAUGCAGGAAUGGUUAGCAAUUGUGAAGCACCCUUCGGUGGAGUCAAAGAAUCUGGAUUUGGACGUUCCAAAUAUGGCAUUGAUGAAUUUCUUAAUUUAAAAUAUAUUCAUUUUGGUAGCUUAUAA